AUUAUUGUACCCCAUUUUCCUUCUUUACAUAUUACACAUUGUUUCUCUUCCACCAUAACUCCAACAAAAAGAGAUACCAACUUUUCAUCAUCUAAAGCCAUGGAAAUCUUCAUCAUCUUAGCUUCUUCCUUGUUUCCCCUCCUAAUAAUUUUCUCUUUUCUUCUCAGAAAUAACUCAAAAAAACCUUCCAAAACGCAUAAGAAUCCACCAGGCCCUCCUGGUCUUCCAUUCAUCGGAAACCUACACCAAUUGGACAUUUCAUGCCUUCACAAACACUUAUGGCAACUUUCAAAUAAAUAUGGCCCUCUAAUGUCAUUGAAGCUCGGUUCUAUACCAACCCUAGUGAUUACUUCUCCAAGAUUAGCUGAAGAAGUCAUGAAGAACCAAGAUUUAGUCUUUUGCAGCCGGCCUAAAAUGACCGGCCAGCGAAAAAUGACAUACAACGGUUUAGACAUCGCCUUAGCGCCAUACAGUCAGGAAUGGCGAGAAAUGCGAAAAAUUUGUGUCCUUCAUCUCUUGAGUACCAAAAGAAUUCAACAGUUUCGCCCUAUUCGCGAAGAUGAAACGUCGCGAAUGAUUGGAAGCAUUUUAAAAGAAGCCACAUCGAGCAAGGUCACGAAUGUUAGCGAGACAAUGGUGUCGGUCACGAGCAACAUGAUAUGUAGGAUUGGUUUUGGCAAGAGGUUAGAUGAUGAUGAAGGGCAAGAAAGGCGAAGAUUGGAUGGCCUUUUGAAUGAAAUGCAAGCUAUGCUUUUGGGGUUUUUCUUCUCGGAUUAUUUUCCUUCUAUUGGUUGGAUGGAUAAAUUCAAUGGAAUGAAUUCUCGACUUGAGAAUGUGUUCCAAAAGUUUGAUUCAUUUUAUGUAGAACUCAUUGAUCAGCACCUUGAUCCUAAUAGGCCAAAGUCCAUGGACGGUGACAUUAUUGAUCUCAUGCUUCAACUACAACGGAACAAAUCAACUUCGUUUGCUGUAACAAUGGAUCACAUCAAAGCUUUGCUCAUGAAUGUAUUCAUAGCCGGGACAGACACGAGUGCAAUAACAGUAACUUGGGCAAUGACUGCUCUGAUGAAAAACCCCAAGGUCAUGAAGAAAUUGCAAGCAGAAAUCAGAGAAUUGAAGGGAAAAAGAGAAAUAUUAGAUGAAGAGGAUGUUGAAAAUCUUCCUUACCUCAAUGCAACAGUAAAGGAAACCAUGAGAUUGUUUCCAGCCGUACCUCUUCUUGUACCAAGAGAAACACUGGAAACAUGCAAAAUAGAUGGAUACGAAAUUCAACCCAAAACUUUGGUUUAUGUAAAUGCAUGGGGUAUUGGAAGAGAUCCCGAAGUAUGGGAAAAUCCAGAUGAGUUUUUGCCUGAUCGAUUUUUGAAUAGUGAUAUUGACGUUAAAGGGCAAGAUUUUCAAUUAAUCCCUUUUGGAUCGGGAAGAAGAGGUUGUCCUGGAUACGUCAUGGGAUUAUUAACUGUGCAUCUUUUACUUGCCAAUCUGGUGAACUCGUUUGAUUGGGAAUUACCUUCUGGGGUGAAAAAAGAAGACAUUGAUCUCGAAACGAUGCCUGGAAUCACAAUGUGCAAGAAAAAUGCCCUAAAACUUGUGGCGAAAAUCCCUGCUGGCAAAUCUGCACCAUGAUUUGUUCACUAUAGUGUAGCAGAAUAAUGCCAACAUUGAUGUUUCAUUUUUCAAUCCUGUCAUUUUUCAUCCAUUACCUUUUAUAUCUUACUCAUUCUCUGUUCUUCAAAAAAAAAAACGUCCACCUCGAAUUUUCAAAUUGAAAAUUAAAAUUAACUGAUACAUAUCUCAAAAUUCAAUGUAGAUGUUUUUUACACAGAGGUAGCAUUAUGUUUGGUGAAAAAAGUAUUGACCAAAUUCAUCAAAUUCAGUUUUUAGCUUUCGGCCACU